AUGCCAGUGGGUGUUCCAAAGGUAGCCUUUCAAAUUCCUGGCGAGGAUGAAGCUACUUGGGUUGACUUAUACCAUCAACUUUUUUACAGCAGACUUCUUUUUUUAGGUGACGAGAUUGAGAGUGAACUAGCAAAUCAAGUUGCUGGUAUGAUGAUAUAUCUCAGUUUAGAGAACAAGAACAAAGAUUUGUAUCUGUUUAUAAAUUCUCCCGGCGGAGAGGUUAUGUCUAGAAUGGCCAUUUUUUAUACUAUGCAAGUUAUAGAAGCACAAGUACAUACAAUAUGCAUGGGAUUAGCCGCUUCAAUGGCAUCUCUUAUUUUGGCAGGAGGCGGAAUUACCAAACGUCUAACAUUUCCUCACGCUUGGGUAAUGAUCCAUCAACCUCAUAGUGCCCCUUAUGAGGGACCAUCAGGAGAAUGUAUGCUGGAAGCAGAUGAAAUGGUGAUACUUCGAGAAACAAUAACAACUAUUUAUUCGCAAAGAACACGCAAACCGGUAUGGCAUAUAUCUAAAGACCUGGAAAGGGAUCAUUUUAUAUCACCCGAAGAAGCCCAAGCCUACGGAAUUAUUGAUUCCGUAUCAGAUUCUUUGCCUACGGAAGCAAUUUUUGAUUCCGGAGCGGAUUCUUUUUCUUAA